AUGAAUUUGGAUGCGGAGUUUCAUUGCUUACCACAGUAUGAAAGAUUUUGUAAUUGUACUUUCCAGGAUUGUUGUUGUGGAGAAACCAAUGUACAUGAAUGGGUAUGGGAUAAUAAAAAUUCCACAUAUGCUAUUGUUUUAUCAGAAAAUAACCUAGAAGUUAAGCUUCAUGAUGAAUAUAGUCUUGGUACAGCAGUUGUAAGAGGUAACAAAUUGCUAGAAAAAGGAAGACAUCAUUAUUGGGAAGUUAAAAUGCUCACUACUGUUUAUGGAACAGAUAUUAUGGUUGGAGUUGGAACAAACAAAGUGGAUUUAAAUGGUCCAAAGCAGAGUUUUUGCUCUUUUCUUGGACUGGACCAAGAAUCUUUUGGGUUUUCUUAUUUAGGAUACAUACAACAUGCUGGUAAAAAACACACUUAUGGUCCCUGCUUUGGAAAAGGUAGUUUAGUAGGAGUACAUUUGGAUACAUGGAAAGGAACCUUAGAAUUUUUCCUCAAUAGAAAAUCAUUAGGUAUUGCUUUCACUGGAUUAAGGGAUAUUAUAUUGUAUCCUAUGGUGAGCUCUACAGCUGCACAAAGUAUGAUGAAAUUGACUUGUAGUUGUUCUGUACCAGUAUCUUUACAAGUAAAAUGUUUAUCCAUAUUAAAAUCAUCACACAGAGCUUACAUAUCAACUAUGUUUCCUGGAUUGCGUCAUCUUACACAAAGCAUCUUUGCAGAUAUAUUAAAAGCCCAAUCAAAUGAGGAGGAUGAUGAGAGUGAAAAAGAUUAAAUCAUAUUUUUGACAGAUCAUAUGAUUUUGGACGAGUUUUACUUUGCAUUAGCAGAUGCUGUACCAGCAGUAUCAUUAAGUUUUGCACAGAAAACCACAGCUUGAGCCCAUCCAGCCAAGGGACCCC